AUGCUUCUGGACACUUUUGAUCUAGGCAUCAUCCCAGAAAUUCAAUCAGUUGCUUCGUCAGAGGCCCAGCCUGAGCAAGGAUUACAACUGCGACGCUGGACAGACAGGAUCCGCAAGCCAGUGGGGCCAAUUUGCCUCGUGCACUUUGGUUACGCAGCGCGUCAAAUUUCAGGCCGGCGCAUUGACUUUGUUGUAUCCGUCUGUAUACGGAUGAACACGGCCAACCGACACACGGUCGGCACAGCGCACGUAUUUGACACACUCAUUACAACGGCCGACGCUCGGGAGUCACACGGACGUCGCACGGACGUCGCUCAGAAGACGACGCCCGUCACUUCACACAGCACUUUGACCUGA